AUGCGGAUGUUACCAGUUAUUAUUUUGUUUAUUUUCCUGGCGGUUGUUGUGCAGGCGACAUCUGACCCAACUGAGUACAAGCAAUCUACUGGCUCAAGCAGCUCUGGAAGUAAGAGAACUAGCGGGGUCAAUGGGUCAAGCAGCAAGGUAGCUAGCGGAUUAAGUAGUUCUAGCAGCUCCAACAUCAAAAUAACUAGUGACUCAAGCAAUUCUGGAAGUUCCGGCAGCUCUGGUAGCUCCAGCGGUUUAAUAAGCAACUCCAGUGCCUCUAACAGCAGCUACAGUAGUUUAGGUAGCUCCAGCAGCAAAGGCACUACCAGCAGCGGCAAGAUAAACACCGCCACAAUCACCAGCAUCAAAGGCAGAGGAGGAAUUACAGGCAAAGGCACAUUAUUAUUUGGCAAUAAGCCACCAAGCUACACCUUGCUCUACCCGGACCUCUCCGACACCAGCGUCAGCGCCAGACCCAUUGGCACUGGUGAUUCGUCGCGCACACACAUGCCACCGCCAUUAUACUCUGAAAAUUCCAAUUGCUUGUAUAACAGCAAGCUGCAAAACACCACUGUACUCAACAAUACCAAUAUUCCGGUUAUCGGCGACCAGGACAUAUUCAACACGGACAAGAACAUCACGUUUACAGACUUUAACAGCAGCACGAUUGUGAUUCAGCCAUGUGGCAAUUGGUCCAGCUCUGAUCUUCAGGUCAACGAUUCAGAUUGCGGCUUUAUUCUUCUGGAUGUUUGCAAUGGCGCUGUGAUUUGUGGCAACGCUACAACCGAAGUACGCAAUGGUAUUACAUUUUUCAGUUGA